AUGAAUUCGAUGUUGAAACGUGGAGCAAGAGUGCGCGAAGAUAGGAUCAGUGAAUUACCAAAAGCACUUGUUUGUCACAUACUCUCCUUCAUUCCGACAAUAGAGGCUGUGAGGACUACUGUUUUGUCUAAGAGAUGGAACGACAUGUGGACUUCUGUCACCAGUCUAGACUUCGACGAUGACAGAGAACGUUUACCAGUACUGUAUUGGAUUUGCACUGCGGUAAGGCGCACUGUUGUAGAACUUUAUAUAUACUUCACAUGUCCAGACAAGGAAUUUGCGAUUCCUCGUAGUGUUUUUAAAUGCAAGACAUUGAGGGCCCUGAGACUUGAACUCCGUUGUAAUACUAUUCUUAGUGAAUUUCCUCCAUCAGGGUGUUUCCCCAAUCUCAAGUUCCUUCAUGUAACAUUUGAAUAUCCCGAGGUGAACUUACCGGAAAUGCUUUUCUCUCAUUGCCCUGCUGUUGAAGAUAUGAUCAUUGAUGGGGUGGCAAAUGACAUAAAGUAUGUUUUCGAUGUCUCUGCACCUAAACUGAAGUCAUUGAGGAUAUGUUUGGUAGGUACUUCUUAUGAACUUGAUGAGAACGAUGUUCAUAUUAAUACUCCAAAUCUUGAAAAGCUUGUGCUCGAGAGGGUUUCUUUGUCAGAUUAUAAUUUGGAGAAUUCGAAAUCUCUAGUCAGUGCUAGUAUCUCUUUCAAUGCCAUUUCUGCAUCUGAAUAUGUAUCCUUUUCAACUUGUGCAACUGCGCUCCUGGCUGGAAUCUCCAAUGUCAAAUAUCUGUUUCUUUCAACUCAUUAUUUUGAAGUUUCAUAUCUACCUGUUUUUAUUAAUUUGAAAAAAUUGGAUCCGCUUCUUCAUGAACGCAAUUACUGGGAAGUGCUGGCAGAGCUUCUCUCCAGAGCCCCCAAAUUGGAAGAUAUUGUUCUGGAAGAUAAAACCAAAUGUGAUAUUGAAUAUUCAGAGCUUUCAUGGAAUCCACCCUGGACUGCGCCUAUUUGUUUGUUGUCACACCUACAGACCAUCACAAUUAAAGGAUUCAAGGGGCGGAAGGUUGAGAUGGGAGUGGCAAAGUAUUUGUUAAGCAAAGGUUACGUUUUGAAUAAAUUGACACUUUAUACAGGGUUUCUGUAUACUGAAGCUGAGGAGAUGUACAAGAAGUUUUUGACGUUUCAUAGGGUAAUGAGUUGUCAAGUUAAGUUUAUCAAGAUGUGA